ACAAGAAUUAAAAAGAUUGAGAGAUUUGGAAGAAAUGAUGAAAAAUUUGGAAAAAGAAUUAAAAAUGAUGAAAAGAUAUAAUUCGACAGAAUAUAUCAAAGGAUUGAAAGAAUAUAUCAAAGAAUUAAAAGAAGAAAGAUUUUUAUUCAAAAAGGAAAAUAAAGAUAUAAAAAAGGAAAAUGAAAGUCUAAAAAUGGAAAUUGAUGAAUUUCAAGAAAUGAAAAAUAAAUUAGAUAAAGAAAAAAACGAAUUUGAAGAAAUGAUAAAAGAUCUUGAAACAAAAUUUUCGAAUAAUGAAGAGGUAAAAGAAAUCGAUAUAAUCGAAAAAAAAGAUAUUGAUAAUUCUGAAAAUGAAAUAAUUAAAAAUAGUGAAGAAAUGGAUUACAUCGAGGAAGAAAUUUCUAAUGAUAAUGUUCAAGAAGAACAGGUAUAUAUAGAAGAAUUUAACAUUAAUCAAUAUAAUGAUUUUAUUCAAUAUUUAAAUACAGAUAUUUUGUUAGAUGAAAAUA